AUGAUUCGACGAACGUAUCUAAUCACCCUCUUGAUCGCUGUGUUUGCUAUCGUUUGGACUUUUCCACAACAACCGAAAUUAAGCAGAAGGCCCGUUCCAGAGUUCAAGAACAAGACCGGCGGCUUAGAACUUCCGGCUAACGCGACGAUGAUUCGGGAGAACAUCGUGGAUAACUUUUCUUGUCAGGAUAGGAUUUACGGUUACUAUGCCGAUAUAGACAACGAUUGCCAAAUUUUCCACGUUUGCAUGCCGCAAGCUAGAGGCGCGACCAGGUGGAGCUUCAUUUGCCCAGCGGAAACUGUGUUCAAUCAGGCUACGUUCGUUUGCAUGAGAACGGAGAAUUCGAUACCGUGCGAGGAAUCUGAAAAGUUUUACGAAUUGAACGAGGCGAUAGGCAAGGAAGUGGAAGAGGAGGAAAGCGAUAUGGAGCAAUCGACGAAGGAAUCGGAUACCGUGGAAGUUAUCUCUAACAAACCACCAGCAAGGACAUCGAGGAUUUUGAAACGGAAGAAGACGUCGCGACAACAGUGA